AUGGACAACGCAGAUCCUUUUCUUCAAGUGCAAGCCGACGUGGUUUCAACCCUACAAACCAGUCGUCCACUCUUCUCCUCAUACCUCCGCAUUCGGUCCCUCGCCAAAAGCCCGUCAAACCCCGAACUGAAGCAAGCGCGCGCUGAGCUAGAAAGCACCUUAACAGAACUCACCGCUGAUCUCAACGACCUGGUCGAGAGCGUGCGCGCAAUCGAACAAGACCCCUAUCGCUAUGGCCUAGAACUGGAAGAGGUGCAGCGGCGCCGCAAACUGGUUGACGAAGUGGGCGAUGAGGUCGAGAAAAUGCACCAGGAGCUCCAACAGGCCGUCUCCAAUGCCGCCCCCGAGACGCUCCCCAACCCGACCGAGUUUGAUGCCGCUUUGGAGGAGGAGGAGCGCGGGCGUGGUCGGGGCGGCGAUGACUACUACGCCUCCAUGGAACAGCAGCGACAGUCCGAACUCAUGCAUGAACAGGAUGAGCAGCUCGAUGGGGUGUUCCGCACCGUUGGCAACUUGCGACAGCAGGCCGAUGACAUGGGGAGGGAACUGGAAGACCAGGCUGUCAUGAUCGACGAGGUGGACACAUUGGCAGACCGAGUCGGGGGCAAAUUGGCGAAUGGCAUGUCGCGGAUCAAGCACAUCGUGCGCAAGAACGAGGGUAAGAAACUUCCUUUACUCCCGAGUCUCUCUACCGGAAUGUGCUGUGGGAAUCAUAAGUUCAAACUAACUUUUCUGCCAACAUAG